AGAUCUAGAGCAUAUAUAAAUACAUCGAAUCAUCUCGCAGAAUCAGUGGCAUUUUCUAUAAGUUUCAUUUUUAUUCACCGUUUGCAAGUUCCAAGAAAAAUGGGCGCAAUGAGGUUUAUGAUAGUGAUUUUGGCAGCAGUUUUUGCCGGAAUCCAGGGAGCACCAGUUGAACACCUACGAGCGGUCAAAUCCAUUGGCGACAUGUACAAUGAGACUAGAAAGCUUUUGUCUCAUUGUACAAAGAUCCUGAAGAGCGUUUGUGACCAUCACAGUCCCAUGGGGUGCUACGAGAGCGUGACACAGAUGCAGAAUCGUUUGGCAAGAAUUUCAUUUAACAGUUGUGAAGAAACCACGGUUGGACGUGUAGAAAUUCAUCACACGCUUCACAAACUGAACAUCAAAAAAGUAUUAAAUGAAAUAAAAAGGCUGGACGUCAAUUCAGAAGCCACAGUCGAAUCGAUUACCGAAACAUUUGCGUCAUUGUCAAGCCAUGUCACCAAGGCCAUUGGCACAUUGGAUCAAGUAUCAUCCAAAUGUUCUGAAAUUCUAUUGCCACCAAACGAUACCAGCACACUGAACAACAUUUGGAUCGUUAUGUUAGUGGUUGUGAUCUUUUUAGUAGCUCUUAAAGAUUGUUAUAUGCUCAUUUCGGCGGCCUACACCAUUUGGCGUGAUGAAAACACAAACACUGAUUGCGACCCAGAUGCACUUGACAGCGAAUUGGUUGAAAUCAAUCUGAGCGAACCAAUUGGCCAUACCCAAACGGAACCAACAGGCUGAUACCGUCCAGAAAAACCGGCGGUUAAAAAUGGCACACAAACGUCUUCAGGGAAUGGACUCCUUGUACCUAAGAUCGGAGGAAAUUCCGGUUCGGCUUUUCAAAGAGCAUCUUCGGCUGAAGAUUGCUUAAAUUUGUUUAUAUCCAUCAAGAAAUCGCAUCCGAGAUGGAUGAACUUCUCGAUUUGGGUUUUUGUUUAUGCAAAGAAGAAAAAAAAACAAAACGGAAAAAGAUAGAAAGCAAAACAAACAUAAAAAAAACACUUCGAAAAUGAAAACAAAACACAAUUUCGCAAAAUUUGCAAUAGUUACUACAUAGUCAAUUUCCCUUCCCUGGAGUUCCAUACAAUAUGCGAUACUCAACUACAGGAAGUUGGCUGGUGGACAUUAAAAUGAAUUACCACAACAGAUCCAUUUUAUGCAUUCGAAGUCUCUCUUUGAUCCGUUUUAACUCAGUUUCUACUGAGUGGAGUUAUGGUGGGAAAUGAGUUAACCAUCGAAAUCAACAUGUAAACCGUUUGCUAACUUGUUUGCUAACACGCACUCUAUUCUAUCGACAGUCAAUGUGUAACUCCCCAAGUAUUUUCAAUUCAUUUUAUUGGAAGCCCUUAGAACUCCAUCAAAAAAUUAAACAUUCACUUUUGGCAUGACACUUUGAAAAAAAAUUAUAUUGUGCAUACUUAUUUAGAUCAUAAGUCAAUUGAGAUUAGAAUCAAGUUAAGAAACUUUGUGAAGUUUUCAUCGAAUCAAAGAUUUUUUUAACCAAUUUAAAUUGUAAAUUGAAGAUUUGUUUUGAUGAAAUAAGUUAACAUCUACCAGGAAUUAAGAGACUGAACAAUUGUAUUCUAAUUCCAACGAAUAAAAACACAAAAUAUGAACCAA